AAACAAAUGGGAUCCUUUGUCCUGAGCCACCAUCAUCUACCCCAUUCUUACCGUCGGAGCCGUCGCUAAUUAUUAGUAUUACGCGUCGUUCCUUGCCUUGUCGUUGCAUCAAGCGCCCAAUAACCGCCUAUACCCAUUCAGCAAGAGAUAUGUCGUUCUUUGGGAACAAGAACAGAGCUCCCAGCAGGCCGAAACGUUCACCUACGCCCAACUCUGGCACCCUUUCUCGCACGAAUUCUCGCGGUUCUGCAUCCAAUGAAGAGGGCGCCAUAUCCAAACCCCUGUACCUAUGCAGUCCGUUCGCGGAUUCUGCACUCGUAAAGGGAAACUUCAAGACAAUUGUAAUGCUACCAAAAUACGUUGACAUAACAGAAUGGGUUGCUGUGAACAUAUUCGAUUUUUAUACGCAUCUCAAUGAAUUCUACGGUGUCAUCACAGAAUGCUGCACCCAACAGACUUGUCCUACGAUGUCGGCUGGCACAAACCUAAAUUACCUCUGGACGACCCAAGACCGGAAACAGGUUUCGCUUUCUGCUCCUACCUACAUCGACUCGGUCAUGUCUUCAAUACAGACGCUUCUGGACGAUGAAAACGUUUUUCCGUCGAAAUCAGGUCAGCAGUUUCUUCCCACCUUCCCGGCGACCGUCAAGCAUAUCUAUCGUCAACUUCUUCGUGUUUUCGCGCAUAUUUAUCACGCGCAUUAUACGGAGGUGCUGCACUUGCGUUCUGAGCCCCAUUUUAACUCCCUUUUCGCACACUUUUUGGCAUUUGGGUGGAAGUAUGAGCUGUUGGAUGCCAAGGAGAUCAAAGGGGAGCCAAAUGCACCCGUUGGGGUUGGACUGCUAUGGGAGCGAUGGAAGAAUACGGGCAUUCUGGAAGCAUGAUGGAGCACAAGUAUGAGUCAUUCGAUCUGGACGUCAUUAAUAUCAUCACUGU